AGAAAAAUAGGCAUAUUUUAUGUCAGUUAAAUGAAGACCACCUUGCAAGAGAAAGUCUAAUAGAACUAGAUGUUCUACUUGAAGAUAAUAAAGGUGAAAUAGGCAUAGAUAGUCAGCUUAAAGAUAACGAAAUAGAUAGUGCUAAAGGUGGAAUAGGAAUAGAUAGUCAGCUUGGAGAUGAUGAAGGUGGAAUACUUGAAGAUAACAAAGGCCAAUUAGAAAGUUGGACAGAGGACAUUUUAAAAAUAGAAGAAAUAAAUAAUCAA